AUGCGUUUUCGUUUUAGGGGCGUUGCGUAUAAGCAUUUCUCGCAAGCAGGAAGUCUUCCUCCAAAGGCUGCUAAACUGUCGUCGAAGAUCGAUGCUCUGAAUCUGCGGGUUCAAUCGAUACUUUGUCGGAAAUUGUUCGAGCUACGUCAGUCUCAGGCAAUCAGCAACUACCGGCAUAUUAACCAAUAUCAACGGAGCAUCAAGGACGGUAGCAGAAACUGUGCUUCCGCGCCAUCCAGCUCAUGUUCGUUCAGCGGGCAGGGCGACCAAGGAACGAACGUAGCUCCGUCGUCUCAUCAGGCUAGCCCUAAAUCGUGUUCCGCCUCUGCUCACUCACCUACCCCUUCCCCUGCGAGUUCCACAGGUUCUUCGCAGUCCUUGCCGCCCGGCCUAGUCGCCAUACCUCAAAACGUUGAAGCCCUGUACAAGCAGCAACUGUCGCAUCUGCACAAUCUUAUGUGGGCUCAUCAUAACUGGCAGCUGUCGGAUAAAAAGCUCAAAUCGGAUGACAAGCCAUUUUUUGACCAUCUGGACAGGCUGUGUGGAGCGCUUAAUUUCAACUCCGGCAUUGGCGAGCUUUCGGUUUACGUAAUUACCGCUGUAGAUUGGCUUAAGUUAAUGCAUGGUAACAAGGUUGUGUAA